AACACCAUAUUCCGACAUGACAGUGGCGACGUCAGGCGACGGCGUAGGUUGUCCCAGCGAGACCGCAGCCGCCGGUCUUGGGGCCGUUUUUCGGGCAGAUGCUGCUCUCUGUAAAACACGCGCCCUGCUCUGCUUCGUCUGCCAGCUGGUGGGCAUUGCCCAACUCUGCAACACAAAGAAGUGCCACACCGUCAAGUGGUGGUGCGAGCGUCCAGCGCAGGGCAGGACAAGACAGGGCUCAUUUCUCUUUAUCCUUUGUGCCUGCCACUCGCUCCUUUCCCGCAAUCCGUUGCCCACCAUGACUCAAGUGGAGAUCCGUAAUGCGAGCCCCAUCGGCAGCCCUACCAGUCCGAGCGCCAUGGAUUCGCCCUGGACCAAGGACGGCACUUACAUCAUCGAGGCCACGCGCAAGGCACAUGCCUGCUGCAAGUCGUGCGACGCCACGAUCGAGGCCGGACGCCUGCGUGUGGGCGUCGUGUACCAGCACCGCAACGGCUUCGUGUGCAUUAACUGGCACCACGUCGAGUGCUACAAGUCCGUGCGCCAGAUCCCACUGAAAUGUCUUGAGGGCUUCAGCGAUCUCGACCCGCAGCAGCAGAAAGUGGUCGAGAGCUACCACCUCGCAAAGAGCGAGCCGCAGUAUCUGCCCAAGGCCCGCACCUGCUCGGCAUGAUCGACAGGGCUGCCUGGCAGCGCCUCUCUCUAUAUGUUCGUGCCUCCGCGAGUUUUUGACGUGGCGGUCUAGGAUACGUGGUCCUGAGGCCUAUGCUAGCAGUGUGCACCGUUGUCAGCGCACCUAUUUAAGAAGUACCUUAAAAGAAGUACCAGGUAGUUAGUAUCAAUAUGAACCUCAACAUGUCCAAACACACCCAUUCGAAGCUUGCUUGUUCAUGCCGCUACCGUCACGCAUGAAUAAGAUGCCGGGCAGGCAACUUCAUAGCUGUCCAUGUAUUCUUA